AUGGUGACCACCGAAGAGGCUAUCAAGAGACUCAAGGAGGCUCGUCCUCCUACCACAGACACGUUUACCUAUCUCACCGUUGUCGAAACGAACCUCUCCCCUGAAGUCCUUCCAACCCUUCAGGAAAUCCUCCAAGAUGCUAAGCUUACCAGCGAAAUCGGAUGGGACCUCGUGGAGAUGCUGAUUGCUGUUCCUGGCAGUGAGGGCUGCCUUGAAACCAUUGCCCGCCUAGGAAACCCCCGCGAGGUCAUCCUCAAGGUUAUCGAGGUUCUUGACAGCAACGCAGAGUCAUCCGAGGCCGGCGAUGCAUCCGCAAGUGCAAAAUUCAUUACUCUGGUUGGUAUGCUCGGCAUCCUUCAUCAAAGACUACAGGUCAAAGCGCCAUCACGAUACCUCCAUACCACACUACAAACGGUUUAUCGAGCAUACAACCCACAAGGAGCCGAGACGACGGCAGCGGUUAUUGAUCUCGUGCGAUCCCUUUCGGGGAGAAAACGACCACCUCUACCUACACGACAGUCUAGCACCAAGCUAGAAACAGCUUUCCAGGGUAGUGACAUGACCAAGAGUGCUCCCGACCCCGAAGCACAUGCCGGUCAGGCCGGCGAGGGCGAGUCUGAAUUAGUAUCACGCCUCUUACAAUCCUUCGUAACAAGCAUUCUCGAAGCAUAUGUCAACUCGAACAGUCUGGAGUGGGCGGCAAGGCAUUUGGAAUACUUGAAUCCGGAGAGGAUCCUGCCAGGGAAGCCAACUAUGUUGCAGGCGUUCAAGCAAGUAGAAGAGCUGCAGGCCAGGGAUGCCUUGGUUGGACAGUUAGUUGCUGUUGCUCGCGACUUAGGCUUGGCAAAAUUGCCUUCAGAUGAGGUCAAGAAGGUUCUGAAGUCACCAUUUGCUGCAAAUCCACUGUCUGUUGAGCCCGAUCCCAAGAAUCCCGAAGCCAUCAAGCUAUCAUCCGGUGGCUUCCUUUGUCUGACUGCUUAUCGCAUGUUCGCGUCAGAUAUUUUUGACGCCAACUACGAACAACCCAAUGCGCAUAUUUUUCCUGAACACCAUAACUUGUUGAAGCGAUUUCUCGGCGACGAACCACAGACGCAGAUUGAGGGAAAUCCUGGCACUGUUGAGGCAUUGCUUGUUAUAGCACUUUGGCUUCAUGACCAGAGACGAAUAGUUGGACCUAGCGCGGCCGAUGACAAGGAUGCGACAUUUAUGUCAUAUCAUCAUUUGUUAACUCUUGUCUCUGUAUUCCACCCAUCAUUACGAGUGCGGAACGCAGCUACAGUGUUGGCAGGUCAUAUACUUCACCAGGACCCUGACGAGGAGGAUAGAUUAAAUAUUCUGGAGGACUUGUUGGAAAACUGCAUGUUUUCUUCCCUGCAGGCAUGUGCCGUAACGUGGUUACGAGAAGAGAUUAUUGCCGCUCAGAGGGAUGGCUCAAAGGGACGGUUUGCUGAUUCUGACUGCUUGGACACGCUCCAGUAUACACUGUUCCAGGAUCUCGAGUACCUUGCUGACACGGACUUGGAGGCGCUGUGGGAGUUCUGGAUACAGAAUGCGCCCUUCCAUCUUCAGGUUGCGAACUUUGCUCUGUUCUUGUUUGGUGGACAGGGCUACAAGAACUUGGCUCCUGCCGGUAUGGCUGCGGCAGUAGAGCACAGAUACGCGAGUCCUCUGCUCGCUGCAGCCAAGCGUUUGAGGGAAGCACUGGAUAAGAAAGAGAUUGACGGACAGGGCCAAGAAGACGAUGUGCAAAUGCAGUUGGGCAUUUUGACGGAUACCCUUGAGCGAGUCCCUUUGCACUAG